CUGGAGACUCUUUCACCUGGUGCUCCACACAGCACCCCAGCAGAACUCAGUGAUGGAGUGGCUAUAGCACAGGCACUGAGCUCCAUAGUGCCGAGCUUCUUUACCCAGAUGUGGUUGUCAAAGAUCAGAGCUGAAGAUGUCAGUAACUGGAGGCUCAAGGUCACAAACUUAAAGAAAAUCUUGAAAGGGUUACUGGAGUAUAAUUUAGAGGUCUUAGGUGUCACAAUGCAGGGCUUUCAGAUGCCAGAUGUGAAUGCUAUAGCUGAGCAUGCCGAUGCCAGAGAACUAGGUCGGCUGCUGCAGUUGGUGCUAAAUGUGGCCAUAAACUGUGAUAACAAACAUGAGUACAUACAGACCAUCAUGAGUAUGGAGGAAGCUGUGCAGCAGAGCAUUAAGAAUGCCAUACAAGAGCUGAUGAACAAAGAGGCCGCACCUGGGGAUGAUGUAGAGACAGAGAUUCAAGAGCAGCUGAAGAAAACCGUGGAGGAACUAAAUAGUGCAUUAGAAGCUAAAGAAGAACUUCUUCAGCGCUGCCAUGAAUUAGAUGCUCAGGUUGCAAGUUUACAAGAAGAAAGAGUCAGUCUUCUGACUGACAAAGAACGUCUCGAGGAAAGACUUCAGAUGGCAGAAAGCCUCGAAGAUCUGAGCACGCCUGCAGGGAAAAGACUAGCACAGCUGCAGCAUCAAGUGGAGAGUUUACAAGAGGAGCUGUACAAGUUAGAGUCUAGUAAAGAUGAUUACAGAAUCAAAUACGAGCUUUUGAACAGGGAUGUCAUAGAACUAAGAGACAAGAAUGCAGAGCUGAAUAAACUGGCUGUAGAAUCUCGUGCCAUGAAAGACGAGCUGGAUAUAUUGCGGCAUACCUCCGACCAGUUGGUGAAAUCUGAGUCCACACUAGAGUCAUACAAGAAAAAGUUAGAGGAUCUAAGUGACUUGAAAGGACAAAUGAAGUUGUUGGAGGAGAAGAAUACCAAAUACAUGCAGCAGCAGAUUGAGAUGGAAGAGGAGCUGAAAAGGGUGGUAACUCUAAAACAACAGCUGGAAUCCUACAAAAGACAGACACUGGAAUUGCAGAGCAAGAUGGCAGAAGAAACUAAACGGGCUGACAAAGCUGAAUUUGAAUUUAAAAGAAUGCAAGAGAAGCUGGCAACAUUACAUCGAGAAAAAGAGAGAAUACAGACAGAGAGGGAUUCCCUGAGGGAAAUGAAUGAUGAGCUCAAAUGUACCCAGCUGCAGACGUCUGGUCUAGGUUUGCCUGGGGAUCUGGAAAGUUCUAAUGUUGCUGAGAUGUUGUCACUAACACCAGAGAUCAAAGAGAGGUUGUUGAGGCUGGAGCAUGAGAAUAAGAUGCUGAAGAUGGGGUCAUCUGCUGGUCUUGAUGAGCAAGCGCUUGUUAAUGCUGAUCUUCUGGAUGAGGCGAAUGCCAAGAAGAAUGAACUGGAGACAGAUGUCAGAUUGCUGAAUCAGGAGUUGAUGAAAGUCAAAGCUGCCUUAGAAGACCUUCAGGAGAAUGAAAAGUCUGCAACUGCUGCUAGCAGCUCAGAGUUUGUCUCCACGAAAAGAAAGCUAACUGAAGCAGAGCUGAAGCUAGAAGAGAAGGAGCGACAGCUGAAACAGAAACAGGCACAAAUAGAUGAGCUCAAUGUCCACUUGACCCGUGGCAAUGAAAAAGUCAUGGAUCUAACUGAGCAGUUGGCAAGGAAAGAUGAAGAAAUCAGAGUAAUGGAGGGAAAGUAUCGAAAAUACCUAGAGAAAGCAAAACAAGUGAUAAAGAGUUUAGACCCAAGGCAAAGUUCUGAAUCGUCUGCAGAAUUAUUGACGUUGAAGGCCCAGUUACAAGAUCGAGAUACAUACAUCAAAUUCCUUGAGAAAGACCAAGAAAAGAUGAGGUCUGUGAGAGACCAAGAAGAGAAAUUAAUCGUCACUGCUUGGUAUAAUCUGGGCAUGCAGUUACAUCGACAGGCAGCAGAAGAGCGUCUGGCCAACAGUUCCGUGGGCCAAUCAUUUCUAGCCCGCCAGCGACAAGUCCACACACGAAGAGCCAAUACAGUGAACUCGAUACACAGUUCCACCGGUCCAAG